GGGGGCGUUUCGAACUCGCGACCAAAGUCUAUUGACAUUCCGGUGUGCUGUGAGUUGUUUUCAUUUUCUGGGGCGCAGCGGCGGGCGCAAUUGUUCAAGCACGGAUCGCGCCGCGGCGGACGACACCUUUUAUUUUAGUUCCGAAAGUGGAGGAGGAGUCGAUCUAGGACGAUGUUCGAGUGGGCGUACGAUGGUGUCAACAGCUCCAUACCGCGCAACGUCGGGCCGGAAUGCGCCAAUUACCUGACGCUGCGACGGCGGAUAAUAGAGACUCUGUUUAUAUCUGUGUUUAUCAUACUCUUCAUCGUAUGGGGCCUGAGGCGAGUCACCGUGCCGAGGAAGCUGGCCUACGUCGGGCAGGACCGCGUCGGCAGGCGCGUCCUGCUCAUCACAAUGUCGAUGGUCCUGGGGAUGGAGAUCGGCUUUAAGUUCACCAGCAGGACUGUUAUAUACCUAUUGAAUCCCUGUCACAUUACGACGGCGCUGCAGCUGUACUUGCUGGCUGCCGAUCCUAGUCCGACAGUCACUGCUAUCUUCAGGAUACAUCUGAAUCUGUUAAACGGACCGGUGUUGGCAUACCUGUUUCCAGAGACGGAAUCUCGGAUUAUCUUUGCCGACAAAGCAAUGUACUAUAUUCAGCACGGCUUGAUGCUAGUCAUACCGUAUUAUUUGUUGAGGAUCGGAGGUGUGUAUAACAUCGAGCCCUUGUCUGACAUGAACUGGUCAAUCCUCGGUUACGGCCUUAACGCGGGAUAUCACUUUUGGAUUCUUCAAAGUGUUGCCUUGCCUGUACAGGUGAAUCUUAGUCAUAUGUUGUGCGCGGCUGUCUUGGAUCCGUUCGAAGGUCAAAACUACCGAUUGUGGGCAGUGACUCAUCAGCUGAUAUUAUGCCCCAUUCUAUGCAAGUUGUUCUGCUUCGGAGCCAACUUUUUCCUAACCAAGUUUCCACCGACUAGGGUAAAGCCGACGUUGGAGUGCACCAUUCCGCAGAAGAAUUGUACAUACGAGCAGAACGAGAAGCUGCACGAGGAGUCCGGCACCUCGGGAAACGGUCAUACGCAUUUUGAUUAAUUUGGAGGAGAGAAUUUGUUAUGUCAGACGUGUCUAAGCACCCCGUCUUGAUUGAGUGAGUAUAUGUUUGCCCUAUCGUAAGGUUAUCUAAGAUUACCGGGGAAAUGAUGAGUACUUACAGAUUUGUAAUAUUUUUACAUAAUGUGCAUUCGCGCUGGUAAUCGCGCGGACAUUAGUUCUGUCGUAGAACGUAGGUAUGUAAGAAUAUCAAGCUUUUCUUCCUUGCAGACUAACGCGAUUUAAAAUUGUAUCUGUUGUAUCUUCUUCUAAGUAUGGUCUACAGGGAAACUAGUAAAUGGGAGCUAGGGAGAACUGACUUCUACUGGUGCAAUAAUUAAUUAUUCACAGUCAACAUGAACGACAAUUGUCAUAUUUUUGUUAUGAACUUUUUGUUUAACAGAUAUUUAUUUAUCGAGGAUUAAGCUCUUUCACAGAUACCAAAUAGAUAAGUUGAUCUUGGUACAAUCGUUGUGAUCGUAUUAGGUUUAACUCGUUAGUCCACAAUACCAAACGAUAGUCAAUUUGAAAUAUAAAUUUCUGUCCAGAUGCUUAUCAUGCCUAGCGCUGUGCAUAGAUUAAGAAUCUCAAAGAUAGGUGUGAGGCUUAAGCUGACGUUCGGUAACGGCAAUGGCUCAGUAAAAGUAUAAUUGCCUAUUUUAUUAAAUAUAUAAAAACGCAUCGUGUAAGCGAACCAUCCCGUGCGUUUUUAUACUAAUUUUUACUUGUGCAAUAGAAACGAGGCUAUUCAAAUAACGAAACUGCAAUAUCUUAUUUGUACAUGAUAGACAGCGAAAAUUCGCGAGAUCUCACGGUGAAUCUUCUUAGCACGGACUGAGAUGCGUUGAGACAGGCCUAAAGUGGUACAAACAAUGGAAUAUAACAGUGAAUUCAGUUGCUUGCACCAAUGUGCACUUGUAAGACUUGUUUACAGUCAAUUCUAUAUUUAAGGAUCGUCUUAAAUAUCUCUUGAAAUAUUUCUCAGCCAGUAAAAUGAUCUGUAUAGCUUCCAUACGGAUUAUUUUCCGGUUGAAUACUCUGCACGUAUUUAAGACAAAGUUGAAUAUAAAAAUAUUGACUACAAACAGACGUUAGUGCGCGCUCAUUGCAAGCAGUUGCUGUAAGAAAGUUUACUUGCUGUAAUUCGAUAACGUCAACUAUUUUUGGAGAAUACAUUUGCAUUUACGAAAGAAGUGAUUUUUAAUAGCAAGCAAUUUGCACUUAGCAUAAAUCCCGGGUGGUUUUAAACAUUGAACAAUUAGUUGUUUCAAGAAAACCAUAGGAUUUGUUUCUUCUUGAUCGUAUUUUAAUUUCCAAAAGUCGUAAGAAAUGAUCAAAAAUGUCGUACGCCGCAUCUUACAUUGUCAAGCCGAUGUUACUUGGGGUAAUUGUUAUUGACAAAAUGUUCAUGAUUAAUACUGCCCACUUUGGAAAAUGAAUUGUGAAACCUCGUGAACUUUCACGGUUUAGAAAUACAUAUGUAUAGUGUAGCAUAAGCAAUUUUCAAGAGCCAUCUAUUAGGUUUGGUUAUUAAUAAUCCGGAGGCCAUCGAGAGCUGACAAAAAAAACAUUUGUGACAUACGAUACUUUUAUUUUAGUAAAUCCACGAUUGCGAAACUAGUCGUGUAUAUAUGGAAAUAUUUUUAUAUGACAGUUCCUAUACUAUUUAAUCUUGUACUAUAUGAAUUCUCGCAUGCAGAAGUGUAUCCUCACUAAUAUAAUAUAGCAAAAAAAUUUUAGCAUUUAGAAUGCGCUUUUUGCGAUACGUAUAUAGCACGUUAUGUGAUACAUGGAUAAAUACGCAGGUUAUAAAUUAACGUUUUCGUCCAAGCGGAAAUUGAAAUUCGUGAAAAUCUCGCUCUCACAUGGAUGAAAGCUAACGUCCAUUUUACGUCCUUUCAAAUGGAAACGUUUUUCAUAUAGAAACGAUUUUUGUAUGAUAGUCAGUUCAGUAAACGUCGUCGCAAAUUGAUAUAGAGUAGCACGGCCUAUGUUGUCACUUGUAUAGAAUUAAACGAAAGCAAAACUUGCGAAGUUCCAUAAUUUCAGUAAGCUGCCAUUAAAGAAAGAAACUUAUUUUUCGAUGAAAACAGCUUGAUGAUAUUUACGUUAUCACUAUCUAGAUAAAAAUAUUGAUAAUAAUAAGAAUAACGUUAGUGACACGAUAUAUAUAAUUCACUUACAAUUAGAAAAAUCUAACUUGGUGAUCUUGUAAUUUAAAUAUAAGAGCUUGAUUAUGUAGAUAUAUCGUGGGAUAUUACGGAAUAUACCAUACGAAUGACAUACCAAAUCUUAAAUUAAAAAUAGGAUAAACAUAAUUCUUGCACGAGAAUGUUCCAAUUCUUGCAUUAGUGUAACGGUACUUCGUAAAUUAAACUAGUAACAAGAUUGUCUUUGGCAUGAUACUAUAAAAACACUCCUAUAGUAUUUUUUAUUCAAAUGGCCUAAUCGCGCGGAGGAUUCUUUCGAAGAGGGAAUAGAAGCUACACUGAAAAGAUCAGUAUUUAAAUUAAUGUGAUUGAUUAGGUUGUUAUAAAUAUGUUAGUAAAAAAUUAAAAUAUCUUUGUAUACAGAUUGCAUUUAGUUUUUAAAAAUAAUGUAAAAAUCACUACUAUCUAAUAAUAGGUACUUUGCAUUAGUUAGUCGCAAAUUAUUCAAAUUGUCGAACAUUUUUUAAUGUUCUACGUACACAAUAUAUUUUUAAUCUACAAACUAAUAAUACAAUAAAUUUACAUGCAUCUUGGAGGGGCAAAACAUUGCAGUGAUAAACUGUUAUAUUAAUAUAUGUAAAUACAUCUUGUCAGUGCACUAUUUUUGAUGACAUUUAUUUUUGUUAAAUUUACGUGUAUCUCGGAAGGGCAAAAACUUGUAGUGAUAAACUUUCAUUUAUAUACAUCUUGUCAAUACGAUUUUUGAUCCCAUUUAUCGAGCCGCUUAAUGAUUUUAAUUUAUAUAGAUACAUUUUGCCAAUACCGCCCUAUUUUUGGUGAAAUUAAUUUAGCUGCUCAGUGACAUUUAUUUUUUGCUAUAUUUAUAUGUUUUUUGACAUGACACAACUACAAAAUUCGCCUAACUUAUUGUUAGUAACGAACUAUUUAUGCGGAGAAAAUUUUUCUCACUUAUCGAGACAUUUACCUCAUGUGUAUAGUUUGUCGUAAUGCAAUUAUUAUGUUAAGUAAGAGAAUAUAAUAGACAUUAAAUAUUAAGGAAACUUGUAGAAUAGCGACAUUCGGGCAUUCCAUACCAAAGAUUUUCAUUUGAUUUGUCAGAUAAAAUGAGUCAUAGACAUGAUAUUUUCAUAGCGUCGCUAAUGAUAAUUGCGUUAGUGGUUUACUCGUAAUAUUUAAAAGUCAAAAAUGUGAUUGCGUAGUCUUCUACUUAAAUGAGUUUCUAGCAAAUUCCACAUGGCAGUUGCAAUAUUAUUUUAAGAAUCGAGCUAUAUAUUUUCUUAAUAUGCGACGAGAUAAAUUUGCAGUUUCGUUGUUUGUAUAGCUUGUAUUGUGUAAAGAAUAACCAUAGAUAAACAUACAAUAAUGUAAUAAUAAUAUAUAUAUAUGCAAAACGCGGCAUAUAUAUACACGUAGCAUUUAUUUUACACAAAUUGGAAUAUUGUGUGCACGCAUUUGUUAAUAUUGUUUACGCUGUAUUCUCACAAUCGGUCGAGAAUGAAUUUUCCCGUCAGUUUCAGCCUCAUUUAUAUAUUAUACGGUAUUAUACGAAUACCUGGCUUGUGCAAGAUGCGUUGCCAGUAAAUUGUUCACGAUUUUGUACAUGAUAUACUUCGCGCGCGUUGCCUUUAUACAUAUUCUGUACAAAACAAAGAUACAUUACUUCUUAUUCUCAACGUAGAAUACACAACUUGUAAAUAACGAUAAAGCCGAAUAUGUGUGGAAUGAACGCUCCGGCGAGCAUUCGUAUUGCACCUUGCGUUCCAUGACGAGUCACUUGUAUUCAAAUAAUACACAGAAAUCUUCUCUGCGUGAUACACGAGAAACCCCCAGAAAUCGAUGGAAGUUUAUUUUAAUAGGAUCUUCGGCCGAACACCCAUGCUGAUAAAAAUGUGACCCAACGCAUUCCGUAGUACACACAGUGUUAAGUGAAUCACUUUUUUUCAGUCAAGUUGUAAUUGGGAGACGAUUGAGAAGGAAGAUUGUCUCUUCAUUACGUCAAUGUUGACUAUUUACGCACAGCUUAUAAAAUGUAUAAAUUAUCACUUUUUAUACAUGUGAGAGUAUCUCAUUACUGUCCCUCACAAACAUUUGUUUCGAGUCAGGACACUCGUAAUCCUCGGUUAUAAAGGAUUAAGCAUAAAAGAGAACGAAUUAAUAUUGCAGAUGCAAAUGGAAGGAAGAAAAUUAAAAUGAGUUGACCCAAAGUAGAUUUUAAUUUAUAUUGUGCUUGAUAAACAUUUAAAUUGCGCCAGACUGUUGACACAAUCUUCAAUUCAAAUUGUUAUAUCAAAGAAUGAACAACUUUGCAAUUUUGCAAAAGAAACAAAAGGACGAUACUGAUGAGGCAAUCUGUGUAUAAAUUGGAUGAGUAAAAUCGCUACUUAUGAUAGUUACGAUUCGUCCAUUUAAAUUACAUAUUAAAUAAUAAUUUAUUAUCAUGCGCAUAAAUACCCAACAUUGGCAGCAUUCUAGUGGAUUGCAUACAAAUUUGCACAGUGAGAAUAUUAGUAUUGUUGUAACUGUACAUUUCUUUGUCACUGUACAAUAUUACUCUCACCAAAUAUAACUGCGCCUACCUACAAGAUAAGAUUUAACAACACGCAUUCACUUUGGAAAUUUGUAAACUCUGCAUUCGAAAGCAACUUUCCCCACUCGAACAGAACCGAUGCGCGAAGGGAGAAGGAAGUUUUCAGCAUUCAGCAUCGGUAUAUGAUAUUUAUUAAAGCGAACUUUCGGUUUGAUGUGUCGCCAUAGUGAUCUCUCAUGUCCACGAGUUAAUAUUCAGGUAUUGCGAUAUCUGAGAUAGCUAUUACGUGUAACGUCGUUACACCACGCUCUAGCAUCGGAGUUGUGAAAACUGAUUGUAAGAUUUUGGGUAAAUGAAUAAAGAAUUCGUGUGGGUCUA